AUGGUCAAUUAUUUAAUAUCAGUUGAUGAGAGUAGUAACUCUGAGAUUGCAAUCUUGGAGGUUAUCAAACAUAUCUUGGAUAAGGAAAAAGAUACCCUCUUUUUAAUUUCAGUGGCAGAGGAUCCAAUUACAUUCCCAUCUUCAGCAAUGUCUGCUGUUAUAAUGACUGAAUCAUUAAAAGCUAUUGAGCAAAAAUCAAAGAAUAUUUUAAUACAAAGAGCUGCCAUUGCUAAACAUUUGGGAGUAAAGAAUGUUCGUGCAUUAUUGGGUCAUGGUAAUCAUGUAGGUGAGGCUGUAUGCAAAGCAGCUGAAGAAAAGCAGAUUGAUUUCUUGGUUGUUGGAAGAAGAGGAAUGGGUCAAGUCAAAAGAAUAUUCCUUGGUAGUACAUCUAGAUAUAUUUUAGAACAUUCCCCAUGCAAUGUUAUUUGUAUCAAGGAAACGGAGGAAAUGAAAUCAAGAUUAUUAAAUGAACAAAGAAUAGAACAACAACAAGAUGUAGAAAAUUAUCAUGAUUUUGAAAGACUUCAUCUUCAUAUUUAA